GCCAUUUUGUGAGUCUAUAAAGGAUUGUAGCGAGCCUCGUUAGCGAUUCCGCAAACCUGAAAGUGCCAUGGACGGACGUUUAGAGACGGAUUUGUAUCCUCUGGGAUCCAGCUACGUCACUGACAUUGAUGGUGUCCAUGAUAUAACAGUCGGCACGAAGAGGGGAUCUGACGAACUCUUUUCCUCCUGCGUCUCUAACGGCCCCUAUAUCAUGAGCUCAGGUGCAGCGAACGGUAACGACAGUAAGAAGUUCAAAGGGGACAUCAGGAGUCCAGGCGUCCCCUCUCGAGUUGUCCAUGUGAGAAAGUUACCCAGCGACAUCAACGAGGCGGAGGUCAUCUCAUUAGGACUUCCUUUCGGCAAAGUGACCAACCUUCUGAUGCUCAAGGGCAAAAACCAGGCUUUUCUGGAGAUGAACACGGAGGAGUCGGCUCAGACAAUGGUGAACUAUUACUCCUCCGUCACACCCGUCAUACGAAACCAUCCCGUCUUCAUGCAGUACUCCAACCACAAGGAGCUGAAGACCGACAACUCGCCCAACCAAGUGCGUGCUCAAGCAGCCCUGCAGGCAGUCAACGCGGUUCAGACGGCCAGCGUGCCUCUCAGCAGUGUGGAGGCAGGAGGAUCAGGAAGUCAGAGUCCUGUACUGAGGGUGAUUGUGGAGAACCUGUUCUACCCGGUCACUCUGGAGGUUCUGCACCAGAUCUUCUCGAAGUUUGGCACGGUGCUGAAGAUCAUCACCUUUACCAAAAACAAUCAGUUCCAGGCUCUGGUUCAGUACUCGGAUGCCAUGACGGCUCAGCACGCCAAGCUGUCUCUGGAUGGACAGAACAUCUAUAAUGCCUGCUGUACACUGCGCAUCAGCUUCUCCAAACUCAGCAGUCUGAACGUCAAGUACAACAAUGAUAAGAGCAGAGACUACACUCGGCCCGAUCUGCCCACGGGGGACGGCCCGACCUCGCUCGAACCGCAGGCUAUCGCCACCACCGCCUUCAGCCCUGGUUUAAUCUCUGCAGCUCCUUUUGCGAGUACUCAUGGUUUCCCUCCCGCGUUCACUCUCCAGCAGGCUGCAGGUCUGUCUCUUCCCGGCAUUCCCAGUGCAUUGGCGUCUCUCGGGGUUCCGGCUGCAGCCGCGGGUCGACUCGCGCUGUCCGGCCUCAACACCACAACACACACUGUCCUGCUCGUCAGUAACCUCAACCCAGAGAGCGUUACGCCCCAAUGCCUCUUUAUUCUUUUCGGUGUGUAUGGCGAUGUGAUGAGGGUGAAGAUCCUCUUCAACAAGAAAGAGAACGCUCUGGUGCAGAUGGCAGACGGAACACAAGCACAACUUGCAAUGAGUUACCUGAAUGGUCAGAAGCUGCAUGGGAAGCCUCUGCGUGUGACUCUGUCCAAACACACCACAGUGCAGCUGCCCCGAGAGGGACACGAGGACCAGGGACUCACUAAAGACUUCUCCACCUCUCCUCUCCACCGCUUCAAAAAGCCUGGCUCCAAGAACUACUCCAACAUCUUCCCUCCAUCCUCCACCCUCCACCUGUCCAACAUUCCACCCUCUGUUGGUGAAGAUGAUCUUAAAGGACUGUUCAGAAGUUCAGGAGCCACAGUGAAAGCCUUCAAGUUUUUCCAGAAAGACCACAAGAUGGCGCUGAUUCAGCUGGGCUCAGUGGAGGAGGCCAUCGAGUCUCUGAUAGAGUUCCACAAUCACAAUCUGGGCGAGAACCAUCACCUCCGUGUCUCCUUCUCCAAAUCCACCAUCUGAGACCCUCACAGGGUCUCUCUCACACACACACACACACACACUUCAUCAUUCCUUUUCUUAUUAUCCACACACCUGAAGAAACCCAAUAUUUUAAUUUGGGUUUAAUUUGUAAUCUUGCACGUUUUCUUAAACUUUUUGGUGCAAAAAAAUGUAUUUGUAGUGUAAUCAUCACUGUUUAUCACCGUCACUCUCUAUAUCUCUAUAUCUAUAUAUAUCUAUACGCUGGUUGUUUUUCUACGGGGAUUCUGGGGAAUUUUUUUUGCGCAAUCAUACAUGCUGCCUGGUUCACACCUGGUGCCUACAAUCUCACACACACACACACACACACACACACACACACACACACACACACAGCCACUCGAAACGUUUAAAACUACCCAUAUAUAUAUAUAUCACUGUUCUCGUUUCUGCCUUUCAAAAACACAGUGCCUUAUAUGGUCACUUCCUGUUGGACCGUACUCCUGUCUCUGAUGACGCACUUGAGCUGUUGAUUUUCGUGAUAAAUUCUUUUCAGGUUUCUAAAAGAACAGAUUUGGAUUUGAGGGAUAUUCACACAUCCCAGAGCGGAGACUUAUUCUUAUUUCUCAGAUAUUUGACUAUAAAUUGAGUUUGUGUAGAACGUAGUGGAUUAUAAGCAGAUCAUCUGAAUCAGUGUGGAGAUUUCGGAGACUUCCAGUCUAGAGUUGUUUUUGUGUUUAGAAAAAAAGGACAGAUUUGGUUUAUAAAGCAGGUUCAUUUGCAUAUUCGUGUUCUUCCUGUUUUAUGGUAUAAAGAAUCUUCAAUAUUCCAAAAAAAAAAAACAAAGCUAGAAAUUCCUCUUCUGGGGAAAAUCAGAGUGAAGAUUCCUCACUUCAGGGCUUUUGAUAGUUUUGCUAGCAGAACCGUUUCAGUUGUACGUUAAUUAUUCAGAUGAGUCUCUAGGACACGCCCCCUCAUUAGCAUAUAUCUGCGUAUUAGAGCCGUGUUAGGGCUUUUUGAUUGGUUUGUUUAUUAUUCAGCAGUUGGUUUGUGUUGUAAGGAUCACAGGUAUAGGUGAAGGGGGGAAUUUUACUUCUGCUAAGAUUUUUUUGGGUGGUUUUUUGUAUAAAAGAGAUUUGUAUCUUUAGAACAAAUUCAGGUUAAAGUGCCUCAAUCAGCCGAGUGAUUGAUUAUUCAUGAAUGAAUUCAUUAGUUUUAUAUCGGAGCUUCAGGUGCUUCACAGGAGUUUUGUAAAUGAAAGACUUUCAGCUUUAUUCCUGGUUCAUUUACAUAUUAAUAUUAAUCCCAGAUUUAAUUCUUUACAGAUUAUUGAUUUAUUUUGUAAAGGAUUUUUGGUCAUUAAUCACAUGUCCAGGCAUCGCUGAGAUUCACCUCAUCAGUUUAAACUUGACCUUUUUAUAAUUUUUCCUCAUUUAAACCCAGCUCAUUUGCAUAUCAGGCCCCGCCUUGUGAUUCUUUUGGUCUUAAUUUUGUUGGUUUAUCUGGCUGUUAAUUAGCGUAUUGAUCCUGGGCAGGUCCUGUGUAGAGGGUGAGGAUGGCUUGGUCACUCGCACCGUCCAGACUGAGUGGUUCUAGGGAAACGUUUGGGAUUCUUCUUGAAUUAUUUUGAUUUGUUUAUUCUAGGUUUAGCCCCACCCCCUUUUAGUUCAUCUUGUUGAGCUGCAUGUUAUUGCUGUAUCACUACACUUUACUUCACCCCACACACACACACACACACACACACACACACACACACACAAACACUGAUAUGGCUGAUGUCAGGAGCAGAUGGACCCCUGUGCCUUCACUUUGUGUUCUGCACAAAGCACUAAAUUGAUUUAAAUCAGUGUAAUUGGAGCCCAGACCUGCUGCCUUGACCGAUUAUAUCCAGCACCAUCUUCAGAGUGUUUACACUUCCUCCCUCACGCCAAAUCUACUUCCUGUUCAAACCUCUUAAUGUCUUAAUGAAGUUGGGUUUUUUGGGCACUUUAUGUUUAUGUAGUUGAAUCUGUUUGCAUUCCUGGAGGUAAAUAAAACAUUCACAGCUUUCACAUUGUUCACACACCAGACCUCCUCGCUGUGUGAUGUUAGCGUGUACGGUUUGUCAGAUCUACAAGGCUAACAUAACUAAUGAGUAACGAUGGCUUAUAACCACCAGAUUAGCAUACUGCCACUUAAAUCCUCAUUUACAAAAAUCUACAAAUCCACCUUUGUGCUUUAAGCCCCGCCCCUUACCUGGUCAUCUCUCACUACUGACCUAGGUUAGCGUUAGCUCUGUAGGUCGCAGAAGUAGUGUACACGUCAGGGCAGUUAGUGUGUUUGGGUGUGAAGGGGGGGGGCUGUGUGUGUUUUAUUUGCUGGUCAGACUUGUGGUUUUUUGCUCUUACAUUCCUUUUCCAUGGUUUUGACUCCUUUUGCUCAGAUGCCUUUAAUCGUUAAAAAAAAAAAGACCAAAACAUGUGUAGUCUUAAGAGAGGGUGGAGUUUAAGGCUAGGUCCCAAACCGCUAGUGUUUGAUAGACGUGUUCUUGCUGGAGGUCGCGCUAACGGUUCUCAGAAUCCUCUUUUAUUUCAUUACACACUUAACUGCACCACUGGUGUUGCGUGAUGGGUAAUGGCUGCGGUUCCAGUAAGAACACCAGUCCUCAUGAACUCUAGUGUUUAGGGCAGAGCCGUAUUCCCCCACUUUAUUUUUCUUUUCUUUUCCCCUCCCCCAGUGGUGAUGGAGAUGAAAAUCAGGUCUUUAUGUAUAUUUUGAUAAAGUGGACGUUGUAGAGCAUUUAUGUUUUGUAUUACACAGAAUAUUAAAGAUGUGUCCAUCACAGCCUGUCUACCUUCAUGUGGAAACAGCCAUGCUUUCCUUCUUUUAUCAUUUCUUCAUUCUUUCAAUAAAUCCUUCAUUCCUUUG